UACCUUUGCGUAUCUGUUACGUAAGAAUAGACUUGGAGUCAAUGGGUCAAUGUUUUAAAGAUAAUUUGAUAAGCAAGUUGCAUACCUGCUAUUAGAAGAGUAAUGUAAAUUGUAGAAUUAUAGGCACCAAUCUCUUCUCCAUCUCUGCAUUUGGGUGAACACCAAACAGAUCGCCAUGAACUUCCUAGAUGAUGCUCCAAAGCCACACUUCGUGUUGGUUCCGUUCAUGGCCCAAGGCCACACAAUUCCCAUGAUUGACAUGGCACAUCUCCUUGCAAAACAUGGCGCCAUUGUCAGCUUCAUCACCACCCCGGCCAACGCCUCACGGAUAGAGUCCACCAUUGACAGGGCAAGAGCUCUGAACCUCCCAAUCCAGUUUGUACCCCUGAAACUCCGCUGCGCCGAGGUAGGACUACCUGAAGGUUGCGAGAAUGUUGACAAAGUCUUGGAGAAAGAGCAGGUGAAGAGGCUGACAGACGCCUAUAGCAUGCUACACAAGCCCCUCGUGUCGUAUCUUCGUGCCCAGAGCAACAACACGCCUUCUUGCAUAAUAUCAGACCUGUGCCAACCAUGGACAGGAGAUGUUGCAAGGGAGCUUGGCAUCCCCAGGUUGAUGUUUAAUGGCUUCUGUGCCUUCGCCUCCCUCUGCAGGAAUAUCAUCCAUCACGAGAAGGUCUUUGAGAAUGUAGCUGAUGACAAUGAGCUCAUUGUCCUUCCCGGGUUCCCUCAUCGCCUUGAGGUAUCAAAGGCAAGAUCACCAGGGAACUUUAACUCACCAGGGUUUGAGGAAUUCAGUGAGAAGAUUCUGGAGGAGGAACGGAGAGCUGAUGGUGUCGUCACUAACAGCUUCUAUGAGCUAGAACCAUUGUACCAUGAGGAAUACCAGAAGAAAAUAGGUACGAAAGUAUGGUCCCUCGGGCCAAUGUUUCUCUGCAAUACUGACAUGAGUGCAAUGGCAGCCAGGGGUGAUAGAGCAUCGGUUGAUGCGAAGCAUUGCUUGCAAUGGCUUGACUCCAUGAAGCCGGGCUCAGUUCUUUAUGUUAGCUUUGGAAGCAUGACUCGUACUGUACUUUCUCAGCUUGAAGAGAUUGCACUGGGCUUAGAAGCUUCAAAGAUGCCAUUUCUUUGGGUGAUAAAAUCUGAUGAUAAGCCCUCCGAUAUCGAGAAAUUGCUGGCUGAGGGGUUUGAGGAGAGAACAAGGGACAGAGGUCUCAUAAUACGAGGUUGGGCACCACAGGCUAUGAUCCUCUCACAUCCGUCUUUAGGGGGAUUCAUGACACACUGUGGGUGGAACUCGACAAUAGAAGGAAUUUCAAAUGGGGUGCCCAUGAUUACGUGGCCGCAUUGUGCUGAGCAAUUCUUGAAUGAGAAACUGAUAGUAGAUGUUCUGAAGGUAGGAGUUGCUGUUGGUGUGCAGAGCAUCACAGCUAGGACAGUGGAAGUUCAUGAGGUUUCUGUAGUGAAGAGGUAUCAGAUAGAGAGAACCGUGCUAAAACUAAUGGGUGAAGAUAUGGAUGCAGAAGAGAGAAGACUGAGAGCUAUGGAACUAAAGGGAAAGGCUAGACAGGCUAUAGAUGGAGGGUCAUCUUACAGCAAUGUAAAGCACCUGAUUGAAUAUGUUCUGACAAAGAAAAUAAGACCAGAAGUUCAGUGAUCUAUAGUCCCGUUCUUUCUUACAGUUUUUAGUAUUUGUUCCAACAAGAACAGCUAUGUAUCCAAAUCCAAUGUAUUGUACGACAGAAUAUGUUCAGAAAGUUUAAUAUAUCAUUCUUAC